AUGUCCGCUCCACCUAGUCCAACAAUCAACGAUGUCGGCGUCCUGCCGUCAAGCACCAGGCAUUUCAAAAAGCGCAAUGAUGACAAGAUAGUAUUUGAAAAUCAGAAACCGACCGCAUUACAAGAGGCUUCCCCCGUCAGGCUGAACACGGUGACAACCGAUCAAGUCAAUACUGAACACGCCGGCUUGCUUGCCACAAAAUCCGAGAAGACUCCACCUGGAUCAGUUCCUAGGCACAGGAACAAAGCUGGCGUCAAGAUUACGAAAAUUCAGACAAUCUCCGACACACUACAUGUGGAUAUCUCCUCAUCGACAAUCAAGCGGAAACAAAAUGAAGUUUCCCAUCCCGGCAAAACUCCUGGUGAAGCCAGCCAGAUGAUGGUUCUGACUCCGUCAUCACCGGAGGAUAUUAGCUUGCUUUCUGUUUUCUUCAGAUCAAGCAAAACAAAGCGCAUCCGGCAGACGAGCUCUGCGUUAUGGAAAUUGCCAAUUGUUAGUGAGAUCAACACGGAGUUCUCUGACCCCGAAACAAUACUUCUUGGGCCCCAAACAGCGCGAUUGUAUGCUGUCAAGCAGGAUCCUGGGUCGGAGGAGACUUCAAGGUCACAAACCACUGUCACAGAUGAUAGUGAACAGCUGAAAACUCCGACUGACAGGGCUGGUGAGGACUUGCCUCACGAACACAAAAUAAAUUCUCCGCUGCACCAGGAGCUGUCCGGCUCGGACAACCCUGGGCCAGAGAUGCAAAAAUCAUCGUCCUACCAGACCUUUUUCAGCGCAUCUCCAAAGCCUGGCCACCUUCAAACCCAGCGUACUUCUACCGUUGAGAAUGAGCGUUUAUUGGCUCUUAUUUGCUGGGUUCGUCUCUUAGGCCGUGCGGCGCUGUCUCAACUAUCACCUUCCUCUUUCCUGCAAACUGCAGUUGGCAAAAUUGCUCAAACAGAGCUGCCUCCGGUCAACCCAAUUCAGGAUUUUAAACCUUACGUCAAUAAAGGUUUAUCUGGGACAAUAUCCGAAGAGCUUGCGAAGCUUCUGACCAGGCCCCUCAAAAAAAGUGAUAUCAAAUAUCAGGGCUCGAUGUACAUUUUCUCGCAACGUGGGAACUUUGGCCACUUGAAAAUUGGGCGAUCUGGAAACGUAUCCCGCCGCCUGAAACAAUGGAAUAAACAGUGCAAAAAGACCAUGGAGAUUUACUUCCCGGAAUCGGGGAAGAAUAAGGACGAGAAUAUGCCUGAUGUGCAACAAGUUCCACACAUAUCGCGUGUUGAAGCUCUGGUGCAUCUGGAACUGUAUCACCACAGAAGAAUCGAGCACAAGUGCCCUGGUUGUGAUAAAUUACACCUAGAAUGGUUUGAAGUCUCCAAGGAUAUUGCAAUAGGAGUUGUCCGCAAGUGGUCAGCUUGGAUGGCGACACUGCCGUAUGAGAAACAUAUGAAAGAUGGCGAGGAGCAAUGGAUUCUGAAAAGCGAGGAACGGGAACAAGAACGUCUAGAUAAGCUGUGUCGCCCAGGGAUAACAUUUUCGAUGCCUUCUUUGCCUGUUGUCAAAGAGGAGGAGACCCUUUCCUCCUCGCCUUCAACACUCGCUUCCAAGUGCCAGGUGAGAGGAAAGGGUGUCGGGGCUUAG